CAAUCCUGAUAAAUAACUGAGCUCCAACCCAAAACUGGGAAACCGAGUUUUCUGUGCUAACAGCACGCUUCGUUAAAAAAAAAAAAAACAUGGAGCAAGCUUCCACCAUUGAUCAAAACGAACAACAACAUGAAGACAGCAACUCAAGGUAUACCGACAUUUUUAACGCAGUAAGGAACGGGACUGAAGUGCAAGUGAGAAAUUUUUUGUCACAACUAAGAAGUAUAAACACCACCGUUAGAGAAAUAAACGAAAAUGGAGAGGAAGAUGUGGGUGAGAGACCAUCUUACAGACAGAAGCUUCUUAAUGCUCUCGCAGAAAAAAACACUGGUGAGGUAUGGAGCCUUAUCGCAGAAGGUAAUGAAGAAGAGAUAAAGACUCUAGAAACGCUUAACAGUAUCUGCGAAACUGUUGCGGAACACGAGCGUCUGAGGCAAGCUGGCCUUUUCAGCUGCAUGCUGGGCAAACUUCAGAGCCAAAUAAGAUGCAACGGUCCAUGUGGAUGUGGCCGAAGCGGACGUGAACGGGAAGGAGAGAAUUACCAAACACAACUGGAACGCGAAGAGGAACAACAGUGGAUAGACAUACUUUCCGAUCCACUGUAUAUCGGCUUGAAUUGGUUAUGGACGACCAACCCAAACGGUGGAUCACCGACCUCUCCUAAUCAACAUGGAACAAAGAGGGAAGACGUCAUUGAAGGUGCACUGCACGAUGCUAAUCUCUUGGAGAAAAUUGCUCUGUACGAGCAUCAUUACAGCCGAGACGAGUACACGAGGCGAUCGGAAGCAUAUGAAAAAUUUGCCAUUGAUGUUGUUGAAGGAAGUACUUGGGACCAACUCCUUCAGAUAAUGGAUGACAAGAGAACUGGAUGUCUUUUAACGAAAAAGCCAGGUGAUUUUAACCAGAGUCUGAGUCUACUCAAGACUGCUGCUGAUAAAGAAAGAAAGCUGGUAUGUAUGGCUUUAUUACUUAUAUGCCCUUCCAAAAUUCAACGUUCGUUUGCGUUUCUUAGUUUUCAUUUGACUUUUGUUGUCGCAGAUUCCCAAGACAGUUUCAGUAGACAACUUUGGAGUUUAGAAAUGUAAUUUCUGGUUUUCAGAUGACGACGUCAUCAAAAUUCAAAACUAAAGAAUUAUAGGUCCUCUUUCAUGAAGCAAUUAGAGCAGUUGAAAACUAAUAUUUAUACAAAUUUGCGCUUUGAAAGCACUCUUUGUUUUGUUAUAGAGUGCGUUUGCAUAAUUCCUAAGCAUGACGCGGGGUGUAUGUAAUCUACCUUACAGACAUGAAAAAAAUAAAAUAAAAUAAAAAAAAUAACAAUAAAGUCACUUUGCAUACAUAACAAAAACGGCUAACCUUUUUGUUAUGUCUAUAGGCUGAGAUUAUUGCAUAUUUAGCCGUUGUCUAAACACCGACGCGGUACUGUUUACAUGACGGCCGAAGGAGCUGUCAUGUAGAUUAAAAAAGUGAAUUGUUUCAGUUCUUGUAUUAGAAAACUAUUACUUUAAUGUUUGUGAGUUCCUCGAGAAAUGAAUAGACCUAUUCGGCUAUUAAACUCAAUGUUGUACCCAAUUCAAAUCGCUCGUGAUCAAAGUUCUUUGUGUCUUGUAUUUGGAUUAUAAUGUGGCAUUCUCAUUUAAAUGAUGUGAAAAUUCCUGAAACAAAACGUUUUAUUCCCAAAGGUUUUGAAUUGGGUACAACACUGAGUUAGCCGAAUAGGUCUAUUCACGCUUUCGUAACAAAUCUCAGUAACAGAUGUUUCUGUUGGUUUCCCGUUUCUGCAUUGGUGCCCAUGCGGUUCGGCACACGACGUCUCCAUACAAGUCUCCAUAAAUUUGGGUAAGACAUUUCGCAGGAUAUCUCGCAUAUGAAAAACUGCUCUGACCUUAAUGUUUGCGAGGGUCUUUGCAUGCAUAUUUACCUUGUUUCAUUUCUCAUAUUCUGGACUUAAUCUCAAUAGGCCAUUUUACAGUUAUGGAUGGAAGCGAGGCUUAGGGUGACAUUGUUUUGAUACAAACCUUCUUUGCUUUGUUAUGGAAAUUGUUCUUGAAAAAUACUGGUUAGCAUAGGAAUAACUUGAUUUACAUAAUAAAGCAGGAAGGUUUGUAUCAAAACAAGGUGACCCUCAGCUUCGCUUCCAUACACAACUGUAAAAUGGCCUAUUGAACGAUUUUUAUUUUGAUCUGCCUAGUCCCUGGACUGCGUUUUCCCAGGCCUUCUCGGUCAAUCUUCUUCGCUCGGACCACGUGACCCGAAAGGAACUAAGGCAAAUUUUAAUCUGUUUUGAAUGGCGCGUCAUUGAAAACCAGCAGUACCCACCAAAAUUCAACACUCGUUUGCUCUUCUUAGUUUUCAUGUUUAUUGCCGCAGAUUCCUCGGACAGUUUAACAAGCUAGACAAGUUUGGAGUUUACAAAUGCGAUAGCCUGCGUAUAGCAAGGUUAAAGUUCGCAUUCAUACGGUCGCGUGCGAGGUCCGAGAUAAAGCGACGGGGGAGGAUGGCG